AUGGCUACAAAUCUCGAUCAGGAAAAUGCACCACCAGUUCAAGUUCAGGAUCUGCCAGUUCUAUCCACCAAUGCUUUCUACAUGCAUCCAUCUGAGAAUGCUGGAUCUUCGAUCGUUCCAGUUCUCUUUGAUGGAUCAGGUUAUCGCUCUUGGAGACGAGGAAUUCUCAGAGCAUUAUCAGUGAAGAAUAAGACAGAAUUUAUCAAUGGAAAAAUCAUGAAACCAGAUCCAGAUUCAGGCAAUUUCGCCCACUUGCAAUAUGUUAACAAUGCAAAGGAGUUGUGGGAUGAGUUAACCGAUAGGUACGAUCAAACAAAUGGAGCAAAGUUGCAUCAAUUGCAACGCGAAAUAGCGGAAUUAACUCAGGAGAACCUUGAUGUUACUGGUUAUUAUACCAAAAUGAGGAGACUAUGGGAGGAGCUUACUACUUUGGACACUAGUUGCCAAUGCAGAUGUUCAUGUACUUGUGAUGGAAAAACAAAGAUGUACAAAGCUGAGCAGGAUAGACAACUCAUUCACUUCCUCAUGGGGUUGAAUGAAGUAUACACAAUCAUUCGAGGCAGCAUCCUGAUGAUGAAUCCCUUACCUACCAUGGCCCAAGCUUUCUCCAUCUUAGUACAAGAGGAAAAGCAGAGGGAAGUCAAACCUCAUGGUAAGUUCAACCUGGAAUCCACCUCCUUACAUGUGAAUGCUGCUAGUACUAGUACAAAUUUUAAGACAAAUUAUGCUCCAUCUAAAAGCAAUUGGGGAAGUAACAGUGGUAGCAACAGUGGAGGAAAUUGGGGGAAUAACAGUGGAGGAAGCAGGCCUCCAAAUAAGUCUCAUUUGUUCUGUGAUUACUGUAAGAAGUCUAGGCAUAUAAGAGAAAAAUGCUUCAGACUCCAUGGUUUUCCUGAAGAUUUUAAGUUCACGAAAGGUAAGAAUGUUGUAGGAACAACAGCUGCUGCACACAAAGGAAAAUGUCAUGAAGGAAGUGAAGAUAGAUAUCAUGAGAAGAAAACUCUAGUUUUAACUAAGCAACAUCUUGAGUAG